UGGGAUGGAUUCAAUAACCAGUCAAAAUUCAGAAACGGAAGCUUUAUUACAGGAGAACGAAAAUGAAGACCAGUAUGAAGGAGGUACAACUCUUAUAGACGAUAUUCUGAGAAGUUGGCAAGAGGACAAAAAGUACUUUGUCCCGACAACGGCAAGCAAAUUUGUAGAAGAAAAGAUUAAAAGUCAAAAUCUGGUCACGGUCGUCGGUAAUUCUGGUUGCGGAAAAACGGCAAUUAUCCAACACAUUGCACUUAAGUUAAAAGAAGAAACGGGAUGGAAUAUUAAACCUGUCGAUGAGGUGAAAGAAAUAAAAGAAAUAUGUUCUCCUGGAAUAUUGCCAGGUAAUCAAACACUCUUUGUACUGAAUGAUCCUAUUGGUAAGGAGACACUAGAUGAUAUAUCAUAUAAUUCAUGGAAAACUUACGAGACAACAUUACAAACUUGUUUGAAAAGAGUUAAAUUGUUGGUGUCAUGUAGAAGAUGCGUCAUAAAUGACAAGAGAUUAGAAGGUAUUCUUAAUAAGUCUAACAUAGUAGAAAUUGACGGCGACAAAUUAGAUCUGACAGAUGAAGAAAAAAGAAAGAUCUUGAAUAAAUACUGUCAACAUUUGGAUAUAUCUGAAGAGAAAGUUAGGGAAAUUAUCAAAACGGACGCUUAUUUUCCUUUGCUGUGUAAAGUUUUUUCGUGUGAAUUGAGCAGCAGAGAAGAAGGAGUUAACCUCUUUAAAAAUCCUUCUGUGUUCAUAAAAAAGGAAAUAGAACAUUACAAAACACACGAUAAGCAUAAAUAUUGUGCCCUGCUAUUGAUUAUGGCAUUUAACAAUAAUUUAAAUAUUCAUUCUAUAAAGAAAAAUGAUUUAUCACUACAUAAAUUCAAAAACAUUCUAGGGCUGUGUGAACUUCCAGACAGCAUUAACGUUUCUUUCAUUGGAAGAACUUUACAUGAACUGAAUGGCUCCUACGUCAAACGUGUGGGGCAUUCUUACAAAUUCCUUCAUGAUUUUAUUAUGGAGAUAACGACUCUGGUGUUUGGUGUUGAUUGUCCACAAGAGACAAUACAGUACGCAGAUAGUGGUUUUCUGAGACGCCGGGUGAAGAUAGAAGACGAUACAGAAGAGGAAGAUCGCGAUCCCUUCACUGUUUACCUGCCUGAAGAGUACAUUGGUGAUCUUGUGGAUCGCUUUAUUAUUGACAUGCAAACAGAACACCUUCCAGAUGUUCUACUCAAUCCUUGUUUAAGGAAAGAGAACGUCAUUAAAUCCUUAAAGAAAAAGGUAGAUGCAAUUGAAAAGAUUCUUGUCGGAAUUAAGUGCGAAAUAGACAGAUCUAAAUUUUCAAGCUCAUUUAAAGGUUUUGGUUUGUCUAGACUUGGCUUUCUUGACUGGGGAGAUGAAAUAUGUCCUUUAAUCGGAUUCAUUAUAUUUUGUCAUAAUGAAAUUUCUUCAUUCUUCUUGAGAAUAAUCAAUAAAUCGACGUUUAAAGAUUAUCCUAUCUUUUCCGCCGUGUGUGCAAAUGGUAAGUUAGACUUAUUAAAUUCUCUCAGCGAGGAAUAUAAAAAAUCAGCGAUAAACGAAAUUUGGGUUGUUUGCUUACCAAUUCAUGUUGCUUCUCUAUUUCAUAAUUUUUCAAUCAUUGAGAAAUUAGUGCAUCUCGGUGCUGACGUUAACAAGUUUACAACUGAUGACAUGUGGACUCCAUUGUUAUUAGCUAUUGCAAAUGACGAAGAACAUUUCAAAGAGGCUGGAAUGGAAACAAAGGAAGGGGAGAGACGUAAUGAGACCAUUAUUGUCUUAUUGAACAACGGUGCUAACAUCAAUUUAUGUACUAAGAAUGGAGACAGUCCUCUUUAUUUAGCUUGUGAAACUGGACAUGAUAGCACGGUACAACUGUUACUGAACAACGGUGCCUACAUCAACAUAUGUAACAAGAAUGGAGGCAGUCCUCUUUAUAUAGCUUGUCAAAAUGGACAUGAUAGCACAGUACAACUGUUACUGAACAACGGUGCCGACAUCAACAUAUGUAACAAGAAUGGAGGCAGUCCUCUUUAUAUAGCUUGUCAAAAUGGACAUGGUAGCACGGUACAACUGUUACUGAACAACGGUGCCGAUAUCAAUUUAUGUCAAAAGGAUGGAGUCAGUCCUCUUUUUAUAGCUUGUGAAAAUGGACAUGAUAGCACAGUACAACUGUUACUGAACAACAGUGCCGACAUCAAUUUAUGUCAAAAGGAUGAAGGAAGUCCUCUUUAUAUAGCUUGUCAGACUGGACAUGAUAGCACGGUACAACUGUUACUGAACAACGGUGCCGAAAUCAAUUUAUGUCAAAAGGAUGGAAGCAGUCCUCUUUUUAUAGCUUGUCAAAAUGGACAUGAUAGCACAGUACAACUGUUACUGAACAACGGUGCCGACAUCAACAUUUGUAGAAAGAAUGGAGGCAGUCCUCUUUAUAUAGCUUGUCAAAAUGGACAUGGUAGCACGGUACAACUGUUACUGAACAACGGUGCCGACAUCAAUUUAUGUCAAAAGGAUGGAGGCAGUCCUCUUUAUAUAGCUUGUCAGAAUAGACAUGAUAGCACAGUACAACUGUUACUGAACAACGGUGCCGAUAUCAAUUUAUGUCAAAAGAAUGCAGCCAGUCCUCUUUUUAUAGCUUGUCAAAAUGGACAUGAUAGCACGGUACAACUGUUACUGAACAAUGGUGCCGAUAUCAAUUUAUGUAACAAGAAUGGAUUCAGUCCUCUUCAUAUAGCUUGUCAAAAUGGACAUAAUAGCACCGUACAACUCUUAUUGAACAAUUGUGCCGGCAUCAAUUUAUGUACCAAUGAUGGACUCAGUCCACUUCAUAUAGCUACUGAAAUAGGACAUGAUAACACGGUACAACUGUUACUGAACAACGGCGCCGACAUCAAUUUAUGUGAUAAUGAUGAAGUCAGUCCUCUUUAUAUAGUUUGUCAAAAUGGACAUGAUAGCACAGUACAACUGUUACUGAACAACGGUGCCGACAUCAAUUUAUGUCAAAAGGAUGAAGCCAGUCCUUUUUAUAUAGCUUGUCAGACUGGACAUGAUAGCACGGUACAACUGUUACUGAACAACGGUGCCGACAUCAAUUUAUGUGAUAAUGAUGAAGUCAGUCCUCUUUAUAUAGCUUGUCAAAAUGGACAUGAUAGCACAGUACAACUGUUACUGAACAACAGUGCCGACAUCAACAUAUGUAACAAGAAUGGAGGCAGUCCUCUUUAUAUAGCUUGUCAAAAUGGACAUGGUAGCACGGUACAACUGUUACUGAACAACGGUGCCGACAUCAAUUUAUGUCAAAAGGAUGGAGUCAGUCCUCUUUUUAUAGCUUGUCAAAAUGGACAUGAUAGCACAGUACAACUGUUACUGAACAACGGUGCCGACAUCAAUUUAUGUAACAAGAAUGGAGUCAGUCCUCUUUAUAAAGCUUGUCAAAAAGGACAUAGUAGCACGGUAAAACUGUUACUGAAUAACAGUGCCGACAUCAAUUUAUGUACCAACGAUGGAGUCAGUCCUCUUCAUAUAGCUUCUCAAAAUGGACAUGGUAGCACGGUACAACUGUUACUUAACAACGGGGCAAACAUCAAUCUCUGUGAAAACGAUGGAGCAAGAACUCCUGUGUAGCUUGACAAACUGGACAUGA